AUGAGACUUGCUCAACAUAAUAUUAUUUUACUUCUUGACAAUACUACAUCACAUAAUUCUGAAAAUAUUCAAAAUCUUUCAAAUGUUCAUAUACACUUUUUACCACCCAAUACAACAUCCCAACUUCAACCUAUUGAUCAAGAAAUUGGUUAUAAAACUAUUACUGCAAAUACGAUUAUUCACAGUUGGAGAAGAGCUAAUAUACUUCCAACUACAGAAAAUUUUGAUGAUAAUUUUAUCUUCACACCUGAAGAAACUAAAUUAGAAAUAGAAAUUAUAAAUCUUAUUGAACAUUUACUGAUUAGUGAUCCUUUAGAUGUUCAAGAAUAUAUUAACAUAAAUAAUUAUAUAGAUAUUGAGAAAAGCUUAACUGUAAAUAAUAUUGUUGAUAUAGUAAAUAGACAAGAUGAAAGCAAAUCUGAAAAAGAAGAACAAAAUAAAGAAAUUGUUAAAAUUGGUGAUGCUAUU